AUAUAUAUAUAUAUAUAUAUAUAUGAGCUGUUUUAUAUAGCCCAAACAAUCAUUCAACAACAUUAUGUCAGUAGUCCUUUACAAAAUUGCCCCCGGGGAUGAGGUUUGUGUUGCACAGAUGAUCGUCGCGAACGUGUAUUCUGUAUUAAUCGAGUUUACUUGAAGCUUAUUCUAAUACCCUCUAGUAUUUGUCAAGAACGAGCAGAUCAAACUGAUUGUAAAAUUGUUCUCAUUAAUUGAGCAAUCUCGUACGUUGCUGCUCUCUGAAUUUCUACGGAAUCGAAAGCGAAAGUGGUUGUAGUUCGUCCUAUCGUCACCUGAUGGCGGCACUGUACUGCGCUGCACUGUUUCUGGCCGCUUUGACCCCGCUAUUUUGUGCUGUCGGCGAUCAGCUGUAUUUGUCGGCUAAGAAUAACGUCGCAUUUUGUUCAACAGUUAAACUGGCGCAGCAAGAACUACUGACUGACCGAACAUGGCCAGCCGAGCAUGCCACGUGCAUUCACCGAGCCCACAUCAAAUCUUCAUUAGGAUGCGCGGCACAUCGUGAGGGCCCUAUAAUCUCCAGCCUCUCCGCCAACGGACACCGGCGCCACAUUGAGGAGAAGCCGCCCGGGAGAUCGGAGCUGCUGCCACCACACCCCCGCGACGACGGAGCGCGUACAUGGUCAGCGUUGAACGAAGAACGAAGAUAGGGGAGCUCCAAUGACGGAGAUACUAGUCGCCGCUGUGGCCUCAUGCUCGGCCAGCCUGAUCACGCACCCCAUCGAGGUAGCCAAAAUCCGUAUCCAGCUACAGGGGGAGCUGCAGCCACCGAUGAAAGACAAGUCGGGGAGGAUGCGGCCCGUGUACCGUAACGUGCCCCAGGCGCUGUACACGGUGGCCCGCUACGACGGCAUCUUCGCCAUCUACCGCGGCCUACUGCCGGGCUUGGGGUACCAGCUGUUGGCGAACGGGCUCCGGCUAGGCAUAUUCCAGACCAUCGAGGACUUCGGCUUCACGCUGGACGAAAACCUCGAACCCAGCAUCCGACUGAGUGCAAUUUCCGGCGGAGUGGCUGGUGCCAUCGGGGCGUUCGCCGGCUCGCCGCUUUUCCUUCUCAAAACACACAUGCAGGUGCACUGCGCCACGGCCUCCAUCGCGGUCGGUUACCAGCACGGCUUCAGGACGGCGAGAGAGGCCUUCAUGCACAUUUACCGGACGCAGGGUCUGUGGAACGGUCUGUGGCGCGCCACCUCCGCCAACGUCCUGCGCAUCUCCACGGGCUCGGCGCUGCAGCUGUCCACUUUCAUCGGCUUCAAGACGCUGCUCAACACGGCCACGGAGGGCCGCGAGCGCUAUUUCUUCAUCAACACAGUGCUGGCGGCGCUCAUCUCUGGCCUUGCGUCGGCGCCCUUCAUCGCGACCGUCGACGUACUGCGGGCACGCAUGUACGCGCAGCCGUCGAACGCGCGCGGCGAGGGCCUCUACUAUCGCGGCAUCUGGGACUGCGUGCGCAAGAUCAAGCGCACCGAGGGCCUGCGGGGUCUCGCCAAAGGUAUCGGCGGUGCUUUCCUCUACACGCUCACCACCUCGUCCAUCACGCUCAUCUCGUGGGACGAACUCAAGAACGCCCGCAGGGAACGCCGCCACUCGAGGGACUACUAUAUCGACUUCGGCUACCAGUGAUGCCCGACGUGACUUCUAGCCAGUGCUACAAGUCCCGGUGACCUGUGUACCUUUACUUUCCCCCCCCGUAUUCGAGUCUGGUGGAAGACCAUUUAUACCGGGACAAGUUCGCGCGGAACUUUCGCGCCUCUUGUUGCAACGCAGGCGUCCUUGCUAAACCCGCUCUCAGUCAGAUACAGCAACGAUCAGAAGGAUCUCCUGGAACACAUGCAUACCUUGUUACAGCUACAGGGUAGAGCACGAGGUCAUUGCAUGCGUCUUUGGUCAGCGCUUGAGGGGCACAACUCGUGAACGUCCAUAGUCAGUGACAGUUAAAGAAUGCAAACGAAUCCCAGGGAAGCUUCCUCGGCCUUCCUCUGCGUAGGAAUGAACAGGCGGUGCUCGAGCGAUCAGCAACAAGGAGCACUCUGCAGUCACACUCCAUAUGCAUCAACAGCCAAUAUCGGCAGGUGUGGAGAAGAGGAAGGGAACCUCACGUGCACAAACAGCGCACAUAACUCUGGAAAGUGAUUAUAGGCAGGAUAUAUGUGACAUCGCCUAGCCUCCCGGAACAUCCUUGCGCACAGUUUAGGAGUACCACAGAAGAUAUAGAACUAAUCGAAUUUCACACGCAGAGUGUAUCGACUAACACCGUGCCCACCCCAGUAGACUUUUUCGAUAAAGGGAAAGUGGGGACAUGAAUAGCAAGGAGAAUGAAGGAGAGGGAAAUUCAUUCGAUGUGAUGUGCUGGCGCAAUUAUGUGCAUUCUCUUUCAAGGACAUUUGCCACUGCAUUCUUGACCAGUCAUUUACUACAGUGAAAAUGCUCCACUAAGGUAGUACGAAGCUUAGCGCGAAACUCGGAUUACGCACGGAACCACCAAUAUCGCUGUCUGAAAGCCAGCAAAAGACUGACACGCAGUAGAGGGAUCUGACUACUGCUCUGCGCGUGUAUGGCGAGUAGCGGGGAAGAAAACGCAAUGGUCGUGAUACGCCCUAUCGAACUUCCCAUUCUGAAUUUUCGCUGUUAGCGCCACUUGUUUUGACUGAGCGAGUCUAAUCUAGGCUGAACUAUAUGCCUCCGGCGAUCACUGCCUCCGGCGAUCACUGCCUCUGGCAAUCCUGAGAUUCCACAAAACAAGACACACGCAGCGUGAAGCAUGUUAUAGUUUUGGACGAUGCCAGAUUUAAGCUAAAUGUUUGAAAUGCAUACUGAAGGUUAAAGCGAACUUUGAUCGCAUGAAGAGAAAGGUGCUCUUGCUGCGUUAAGUUAGUGUGGCUUUACUAACGCGUCUGCACGCGUGAAUUGAAAUAAAACUAACGAACGAACUACUCAGAUAGCAGGUAAGUUUUCACACCAACUGGUGAAUCGGAGAAAGGCAUUGUCACGCUGACAAAAUUAAUUAUGGCUAUGAAGAGAACAUGUAAGCCACAUAACUACGCAGUAGAAGCUUGCCUUUGUCCGCCUCACUUACUUUGUGGUCAUUUCAAGAGCAAAGGUGUAGAGAAGCCGAGAUCUGAUGUCCGUGAAUUACGGUUACGAAACAUAACUGAUCAAAACCGAAUACACAAAAGACAAUAGAGCCACAAGAAACAAUAGAGACAAUAGAGACCGAAUACACAAAAGACAACCAGAAGUUCUGAGGUAUUUCUUCAUUGGUUCAUACCUUUUAGGAGCACUCUGGUUCAAUUCUACUUACGCUAUUCCUUUAACACGCGGAUUAAGAACACUUUCGUCGUUAUUUACGCGCUACAUGCCGAGCAUUUCAACGCUACAGGGAUCAUAAACAAGGUGGUUAACUAGAUUUUAGUAGUAUUGCGUCCAUGUGGAAUGCCACAAGGUGUUGCCUAACGAUACUAACUCUGUUACCUUGCGGACCUCAUGGUGUACAGGAGGUAACGGCGUCGCCUGCUUUAUGGUAACCAGUUACUGCUGUUAAGUGCGACUCCUGCAUGAAAUUAUCUCCGGCUUUGUGUGCGACGUCGUUAUUGGUGCACAUCUGUAGCCCUUUCACAUAACGACAUAACUGCGCCACUGCUGUUACAGCUCGAUCGUGCCUACUUACGCGGCAACAAAUCACAGGUGCGUCCUUCGUACUCCAGGAAUAACUGAUUCGAUUCAGGUGAUAUCGGAGUACGAGGAAGGGAAACUCUUUCGCAGAGUGGUAACGUUUUGACAAGAGGAAUUUCCGUCAUUUGACGCAGACAAAAAGACAAGUCCUUUUUUGUAACCGUUAGCUGUGGACUGAGGUAUCUUCCCUUAUUCUCCCGUAUAUCCUCUACAGGUCUCCAUCCUACGUAUACCGCUUAUUCUGCCUUGUAUUCGACACAGCAGCACACUAAAUAAACUUGGUACGGGUAUGCCAGCAAUCGGAAACGAUAACUACAAAAAAUCGUGAGGCUGUUCCUUUCUCUGUGUUUUGCCUCGCGAUUUUUUCUAGUUAUCUUUUCUGUUUGCUGGCAUACCCUUACCAAGUACCAUGUACCAACUUGCCCAACAAGCACCCUUAUAUCACUAAAGGAAGUUUAGUGGCAACAAAGUAACGCAAUUGGCACUACAAAUGUGAAUAUGAACAUGCAUUGUUCCUUUCGCAAAGUGCCUCUUUCAUAUUAUUUUCCCGCCGUCUCACGUGAAACAUCGCACAGAGUAAUACUUUUCGUCUGAGCCGGCUUUAGAAAAUGGACACAAACUUUAUGUUCUGAGACUUCGCGGGGCGUCGCCAAGUAAACAGCUUUCAGACACGGGUACACGCAGAAAGAUUUCAUGCGGAAUAUCCACUGCAUUCUUUGUGGAAUGCGCAUUCGUAAAUAUCUGACUACGUACGCAUUUGGCAUUCAGUUUAUAACCACCUAGAACAUAGAGGGGGAAAUUGUUUUGUUCUUUGUAACAUCAGCCCGGGCGCCACGUAUUUCGCUUAGUUCUUGAUGACCCUGCUCUCAUAGCGAUAGUUCUUACAGCGAAGCUGUUUACCUCUAGCCCCCGUAUGCAUCCCCAGCAUGCGUUCCAACGGGGGGUACCCUGGGCGGCUUGCGUCGGUAUCGGCGACAGGAAUGGAGACUAUACGAUUGGACAAGAUUGUGUACGGUGGCCUGCGCUUCUCUGGCUAUAACGACAUAUGCCCGUCGGAGGUCCGGGUGUGGCCGCAGCAGCGGUUGCGGCAGAUGCACAGGGAGAUGCGGUGACCGCAGCGGCGCUUGUGUCGGCGUUGUGUGGUGCCGUAUGAAAAAAAGGAUGUGUGAUUGCAUAAUGUAUGCAGCCCAUGUAUGCAGCCUAAACAGUUCGCUGGUAAUCCGUCCCCAUAUGAAGGUUGCGGCCCCCACGAAUGUUUUCUUUUUUUCUCUCGCAUAGCUUGGGAAAAGUGGAUAGCUUCAGUUUCUUUCGGAGUGCAAGUUGUGUAACUCCUAUUUAAGGACGCAUUUUUACACCAUUCGCCAACAACAUGUGCCACUACAUUCAGGAGUACAACACAGCAUGUUUAUUGGAGCGUUUGUGUCAAAACUUUGCGCGUAGUAUUGAGCGCGCCAUUUUUUUUCAAGGCACCUUUUCUUUUGCAGAACUGUCUAGUCAAAUACAGGUAUUGACGUACCUCGGAGAAACUAGUGUAGGUUUAUGUUUUGCGAGUUCUACAUUUUCGCUGCAACUCUUGUGGCUUUUUCCUAAGGAAGCCAUCGGUGGUGGCCAAUUGACUAUGUAUUGUCAGUAGCGCCGAGCGAUCUGCAUUGUUCAGGACACAAUGCUCACGUGGCAGGGCCUUCUUAAGGAGGAUCGAUCCCUGCGUCUACGAGUGUUUCUAUUGCAGUGUCCGAGUAGCGAGUGAACGAGGCCCAACGACCAAGGCACAACGAACACACUCGGGUCGCUGAAGCUUUCGUUCAUGCUCCUCUGUUACUGUGGUCGCCCGAUCAGCUUAAGCUGUAGCUGAUGACACCAAUCAGCUGCUUUAGCAUGGCCUUGGUUGGCGUGUAUGAAUCUGCUAUAAUCAACGUACCACGAGGGUUCAAGUACAUGCCGUUUCUAUUGAAACUGCAAGCACUGCGCCGCAGCUAUGGUCUGUCGAAGAUCUUCGAGUUCUAUUUAUAGGCGCCUCUUGCAUGGUGAUCGUAUACCGUAGCAGCUGACUUAUAUUCUUCAUUCAUCUACUCGACAGCUGUGUGCGAAUCCGGUGUACUGUAGCCAAUUGCUGCCAUGCUACGAAAUAGAAGUGCACUCUAUGUAUUUCGAUAACAGAGCAUAGCUUUAUAUUCGUAUAGUCUUCGUGACCAGUGUCAAAUACACUUCUUUAAUACGCUUGCGCCUUCAUCCAUUGUGAAAUAAGGUUUAAAACAGCCUUAACCCAAGAAAAAUUACACAUGCAAACUGUUCUUACUGUAAAUUUUUUUAUUAAUGUGCAUCCAGAAAACUUCGAGAAUUCUUUUUGUGCCUUCAGAUGUUUAUUUCACAAGAUACAGAAUGUCCACUAUAGUGGACAACAUGCGUACCAAAUCCAGUGAGCGUAGAUGCCGAAAGUUUUCUUCUGCUCCAACAGGCAAAGUUCCUGCCCUCACAUUAACAAACGUAAGCUUUAAUAGAAAUGUUUGGAGCGGCGCACGUUACUCUGCGUUACGGAAUACGAAAAAGCAGUCACUUUGCCGGUAAUGCACGAGUAUACCUUGCAGUGGGGUAGCCAGGAAUUUAUUUCUUGGGGAGUGUAGUUGGGCGCGCACUUGAAUGGAGAGAGGGUCGCUGGGCAGGCGAGUGUGGUCGCACAUCGCUUUAUGCCACCUAUCCUGAUAGGCAGAAAUUGAGGGGUGGAGGUGGGGAGGAGAGAGAGGGCAUGGUGCUCCCAUUCCCUGGCUAUUCCCCUGAUACCUUGCAUUUCGCCUAUUCAUAUGUCGCUUCGCACUUGCCAACCGAGAUUUUACACAUUUGCGCUUUACAUUAUUUCUGACGGGGAAAAUGAUUGACAUUGCUAUAUAACGCACGCAGCAGCAGCCAAACUUGUUUUGACAAGCGGCAUUCAUUUCGCUGUGGCAAGAGCUGCUGGUAACUCUUUCAAUUGUAUUUUCCUGUUAGCUCGCGGGGUAAUAAAACGAAAAAAGUGCUAUUACAGGAAGAUAUGAGGCAAAUAUAAAAAACAAUUGAAUUGAAAGGGGAAGGGGCAGGGACAGUGCGCAGAAUUGCUCCCACGCACGUGUUGUUCCUGUCAUGCAUGAUGUCCACUACAGUGGACAUCUUGGGAAAAUGUGUUCCGAAGAAAGAACUUGGCUUCGCUCAGCCACAAUAUUUACAGCUUUUGCCUCCGAAGGCUACUUCAAUCCAGUGCAGGCGAUUACGUGUACCAAAUCUCAGUGCCACAAGGUUUAUAAGUAAAAGUGUGGGGACCCACGUGAGUCACCCGCCGUAACGGGUCACUAUUUUUGAAUCCGGGGGGGGGGGGGGGGGGGGGGUUAUGGCACCGUUCAAGGGUGGAUAUGGAAAACUUCCGUUGUCCACUGAAAUUGACAUUAUACUCAAGAGGUUCUCGCAAGCAGUAAACCUGCUCCAAAAAUUGCCGCAAUUUGUCCCCUGUAGUGAACAGCAUGCAACAAAAGGUUAACGGAAGAAGCUUCGAUGCCGCGAAUGUGAAUUGGUUCUGCUAUGCACUCGAAACUUACAUCGUGAGUCGGCCUGUGGUAUGUCUUCAUUUGAGUUUGUUUUGGGUGCACGUGAGCAUGGCGCUAUGUUCCGCGCUGGGGAAUAAGUAGGCUGACUGCGAUGAAGCACGUCUUUGAGUGUUCGUCAGGUUUUACUAGCUUUAUGACACGUUUUUUAUGGCCGAAUCGCACGUAAUAUGGUAUGGUAAUCUGAAUUCUGCGCGCAACAGCUGCAAUCGAUGUCAAAUCUCAGGCGGAAAACACGAAAGUAGAGUUGUUCCUAUAUCGAGACGUUAUUUAUGACUUUCCUACUUGUAUUUUUGCUGGACGAUGCAAAUACAGAGUACUUCGGUAUGGACACCUGAAAUAUGGGACGGAAAGCAUAUUUAUUUUAUAAUAAUACUGUCGGCCAAGAGGGCGGACAGCGCUUGCUGGCGCCAUCACUUCUUACUGUAGACGAAAGGUGCUGUUUACACGCUACCCAGUAUUUCCACUGUUGCGCUCAUGCACACUGAUUGCAUGCGACUUCAACGUAAUGUGUAUUGUCUAACAAAGUUUGGAAACCUUCAUUCUUGCGAAAAAAACUUUCCCGUUUCUCAGAUAUAAGUGAGACUGAAACAUUCGUUAGGGGGACGUUUUGUCGGUUCAGAAGCGAUAUCCUGCCAGCAAAAAAAAAAGAAAAAAAAAGAAAAAAAAAUAUUAAAACGUAUGUACAUAGUACCCGGAACACUAGAUCACAGAAUGACAGCGUUCGGGUAGUACUGCAACCGUUCACGUCCCUUAGAUCGCAGAAACGACCUUCCGAUCUUGAAAUAACUUCAUUUGCAAGGACAUUCUAUCUCAACAGGAUCCCUAAGAAAUAAUCACGGCCAGUAUUCACAGGAACAGAUAUUAGUUCCAAAUAUUAGCAGACACCGAUACCAAUUAAUCGGCAUGCACUGUAAGUUAAAAUAAUUGUUCUGUAUGUUUCGUCAGAGGAUCAACAUAAAAUGCGUCUGUUACGUUUUCUUUAAGGGGAAAUAAGAGAUUAAGGGGCCUGUUAGUCAUAUACUAUAUAUAAUAAGGUAUUUAUAAAGGAAGGCACGAAAGAGCGAACCCGCGUUUAAACCGUUUGCCGGUAAUAAUUUAAAGAAGCGUUCACAAGAUUGCAAAGUGUUGUACUGGAGCUCACUCGACACACGUCUGGCGUCUUCGAGCAGCGAAGUGCAAUUGACGGUGGUCUGCUCGGGAUCGGCUACCUCUGUCACAUGACCGACUUACUUCGCACACGUACAUCCCCCCCCCCCCCCCCCCCCCCCCCCACUUUGACAGUCAUAAUGCUAACACAUUAAAAUAUAUUGGAAAUCUCACAGAACGACAGAAUAUGCAGUCACGCCAUUGCCGGGUGCCACGUGCCUUAGAAAAAAAUCUGUUUCCUUUUUUGACAGCGUGCUCAGCAGAUCAUGUGCGAUUUCAGAAAGCAUCGAAAUUGGGCACUACCUGUUUGAUGGAGCUGAUCUUUUACCUGAAAUCGGAUGGUUUAACUUGUGACUUCGUAUUCAGCAGCGGGACGCCAUAGCCGAAACGACUAUUCGUCACUCGCUAUAAUUAAUAUACUGGCCGGAACACGAUGCAGAGAAGAGAGUGCCCGUCGCCCUGAAGCGUUAGUAUAGAUUAUCCUAUACUACAGAAUAGAUCGAAGAGAUACUCGACUUUGAAUAAAGUGACGUCGCGUGUGCGUUCGCUCGGCCAGCUCUCAUGUAAUCCCUGCUUUUUUUAUCUCUCUUUCUUUUUCUUGGCGUCCGCCUUCGCAUUGUAACGUUUGUAGCAACAUGAACGUGUUCUCACUUGCCCACUUCUCUAUUAGUGUGCGUACAUUGUCUUUAACUACAAUAUACUUAUAUGAACCCCACCUUUCUACUCGUUUCAACCGUAUCAUUUUACAACAUAUAAAUGUUACGGUGGCUUCGAAAGCAUAAUUUUUUUAUUGCCUUUUCUCAAGUUAGCCCAUAUUUUUUGUGACAUAAUUGUGCUAUUGGCUGGUUCGACCCUUUUAAUAUGCACAAGCUUUUGGUGGACGACAGCGCAUAUAAGAUGCAUGCGCAACAAGGCGAUAAUACUUGAUUUGCUCAAUAACGUGCCGUUGACAGAAUGUAGUAUGUACUCCUACAGAAUUCGCUCGUGGGCUAGUUGGUAAAUUUUCUUUAGUACUAAGUUUGUGCAGCGCAACACGAACGAGACAUGAAGGAGCACAAAACGACGUAGACAGGCGCUGCUCUUUAGUAUUUGCCUCACUUUGCUAUAUAGAAGAGGCAGAGCAUGUAGGUGUGCGCUACGGAUAAGACUGUCGGUAGUCGGCGCCGGAUGUUCUGCCGCCCUAGAGUCUGAUAUGUAUAUAACGCUGCCUCACGCCGCCACUUUUUCGCACGAGCUGCUCUCACAGACGCCCAUAUACACACGCAAACACUUACAUCACCGAUGGCGUCUGCCAAAUAGGCGACAAAAGACACAAGCAGUUUGAGCAAGUAUUCUGCCAAAGUAUUGGGCGUAACGUCCAAAAACGACACACCGGCUGUGACGGACGCCGUUGUUGGGGAUGCCGGAUUGAUUUCGGCCACCCGUGGUGGUCACGAGUGCUUUUGCAUUCCAUCCGUGUCGCAAUGCGGCAAUCGCGGCCGGGAAUUGAGCCCGUGACCUCGUGCUUAGCAUCAGAACGUCGUAUAGCCAUGAGCCACCGCAGCAGGUCGGCAAGUAUUCUGUCGCACUGCCAUGUUAAUUUUCAUUUUGCAGCGCGUGGCAACUUUCCGUAUAUUCACAAUAUAUGCCUGCUCAUUUACGCACGUUUGUUGAGACAAGUCGUUAUGCGCCAGUUUUGCGAGUGACGCAGCCUAAACGUGGAAACUAUGCCAUAUAGCGCUAUUUCUCGUUUUGUCCCCGAACGAAAGCGGCCGAGGUUGAUCGCGUAUGUCGCUGGCCUCUCGCGCCGCUGGCCUUGACAAUCUUGAUCUUACAUGCUUAGUAUGCGCAGGCGCGUGACGGGCAGGUAAAACGUACGCCACUUCUAGACUAUGCACAUGCGCGAGCUACUCUGGCUAUACUACGAUCUGUGUACCGGCAGUGCAAUGUAAUUACACCGUAAUGAAGGCACUGUAUACCUUAAAAGCUUGGUCGGUAUGAUGUAGCGAUUGUUUUCACUGGAUUCUGUACCUUUCUUAUCAUCUACCGCUCAUGACCCACAGAUCACGGUGAUAAGGUCGGUGGAGCGCCGCUCGGGCUACUGACGAAGCGAGGAAAGGAAAAUAAGUGGAAUAAACUCGUUACGUUAUCCCGAUUCUGGAAUCAGUGCACGAAUGAUUGUUAGGAGGAGCCCUUCCAUGGUAUAUAUGGCUGCGACAGCAUGUACAAGGAGGAUGGUGGCUAAAUAUACAAAAAGGCAUUUCGUGGGAAAGCGUGACAAAGGUUGUGCGUGUAUUUUAUCCAAGAAGAGCAUUCCAACAAUGUCACAGCGAUGUUUUGUUCACCACGAGUUUUCAUGCUACCUAUGCAAAGUAUAUCGUCUCGCUAGCUUACUGGGGUGUCAACCGAAAUCUGCGCCGACGCGCAUCGUGUGAUUGAGAAAAGUGCAUGACGAAGUGGUUGCUGCCAUACGAUCAGUGUUUCUUUGGAGAAAGCACCAAGACUCCAAGCAUUGCUCGAGCUUGAAAAGAUCGAGCUGUCUCAUUGCGAGAAAUAAAGGAGUGUUAUGAAUGUUGUUUAGACGUUGUUGUAUUCUGUAACAAAAGGAAUAAAAUUGCGUUAUGAAAUUGA